GCCGCCGAAGCGGAACGUGUGCACUUAACCGCUGCGCCACUGGGCCGGCCCUCCUGUGGAGAAUCUUAGCCGCAGAGAUUCUAAUGUGUUGGCCUUGGGUGGUCCUAGGAGUCAGUAUUUAAAAGUUCCCCAAACGUUUCCAAUGUGCAGGCAGAGAGAAGUCCUGAGCUAUAAAAAUGCAGAAUGUGUCCCAUACCAAACCGGGCAUCAGAAUCUCCUAGGAUAGUGCCUCUCAAAUUUCAAUGAGCACGCGAAUCACCUGGAGAUCUUGUUUAAAUGCAGGUUCUGAUUCAGUCAGUGUGGACCACAGCCGAGACUCUGCAUUUCUAACAAGCUCCCCAGUGUUGUCAGUGCCGCUGAUUCACGGUUUUAACCCUGAGUAGUAGCAAGGCCCUAGGAUAUUGGAGGAAAUACAGAUUCCUGAGUCCCACCUCUCAGAGAUUCCGAUUCGGUUAGUUUUCAGUUAAGCCCAACAAUCUGCAUUUUAACAAGCUCCCUAAGGUGUUUCUGACACCCAGAUGGAUUUCAGAAUUACUGGAAUAAAUAAACAAUAUUGAAACCACACUGGAUCAAAAUUUGGGAACCAAUCCUGGUUCUCUCAUUAACCCCUUGUGUGAUCUUAGGCAAUUCCUUCCCCUCUGCAGAUUUCAUUUUCCUCAUCAAGAAAAGGAUGGAGAAAUUCAUCGCUGAUGCUUUUCUAGCUCUCACAUUUGAGGAAACCCCCAGGACACCUCAGGGCCCAUGGCGGCCUGAGUCCGAGAACUACAAUCCCCACAAAGCCCUGCGCUCCCCCGCUCUCACGUGGGGUCGUGGAAGCGGGUCAUUAGCGGAGGCGCUCCCCACAAGCCUUCGCGGUGGUUCAAGAUGGCGGCGCCCAGUGGCGCCGUGAGCGAUGUGGAGAGCAGCAGCAGUAGCGAUGCAGAGGAGCUGGCACGGUGCCGCGAGGCGGCGAUGCCGGCGUGGGGCUUGGAGCAGCGCCCGAGGGGGCCGGAGAAGCCAAGAGCCGAUGCGGCAAAUAAUCAGUUGCCAGCCACCCAGCCAAGCCUCAGGCAUAAGGUGGAUGAGCACGACCAAGAUGGCAACGAGCUUCAGACCACUCCCGAGUUCCGAGCCCACGUAGCCAAGAAGCUGGGAGCCCUACUGGACAGCUCCAUUACCAUCUCAGAAGUAGUGAAGGAGCCGAGGAAGGCUGAGGUACAGAGGGUCACCCCAGAGGAUGACGGCUUCCGUCUUUUCUUCACCUCCAUCCCCGGAGGCCCUGAGAAGAGAGCUGCUCCCCAGCCCCGCCGGAAGCGAUCGCCUUCCAGCUCCAGCGAGGACAGCGACGAGGAGUGGCAACGGUGCCAGGAGGCAGCUGUGUCAGCCUCUGACAUUCUCCAGGAGUCUGCCAUCCACAGCCCUGUCAGAGUGGAGACGGAGGAAAAGAAGAAGAAAAGGAAGCUGAAAAAGAAAGCCAAGAAGGAGGCCACUGCCGCCUCGGCCACAGCCGCCACCACCACAAGCAAGGCCGCCGUCGGGAAGCGGGAAAAGGAGUCGGCCGAGCUCAAUGGAGACCAGGCAUCUCUUGGGACCAAAAAGAAGAAAAGGAAGAAAAAGGCAAAGAAAGCCAGCGAGGCUUCCCCGUUCCCACCAGCAAAGAACGCAGCAGUCAGGCCUGCAAACUGACCCCAGCCCUGGGCAUGGGGCCCGACUCACCCUGAGGACGAGGGGCCCAUGGGGACAGGGCGUUUCCAAGCCCCGCCUCCCUCUCCAAGUUCAAGGACUUGGCUGGCGAGUCCAGACCCUGCCCCUGAUUGGGGCUUGCCCAGGGACUGGGGUGUCGAAGUGGUUGUCGGGUGAGAAGCCUAAGCAAGGCCUGCCUUUCUGUGCUCCCACUGGGACUGGAGCAGACCUGUGGUACCAGCACAUUCCGCAGCCUCAGGAAGAAGGAGCCUUCAGUUACUCGAGACUGAUGGCGGGUGGUAAAGCUUCCAUCACCCCAGGACAGUCUGCGGUAAGCAAGUGAAGGGACCUUUCCCUUCCCCUCCGCCGCCUCAGCCUGGUGUGGGAGGCAGUCUUCAGGAAAUGAGGGAAGGGGUCCCCAACAUGCCAAGGCCCGGGAAGGGUUUUGUACUUCUCCCUCCAGGCCACAUAGACUUGAUAGAACAUUGUCCGAAAAAGAAAGAGAGAUUUUUUACCCCCUAGUUUUCCAGAAUUUUCUUUCUCUGCAUUUGUGAAUAUACCACAGGCAAUCACGUCUCUGAGCCAACCAGGUUAUCGAAAAUAAAUUGUCAAGGGACCCAAAAUGUAA